CCUUUUUUCAGGCUCCUGAACCUGCGCAAGCUGGGGCUGAGUGACAAUGAAAUCCAGAGACUUCCCCCUGAAGUUGCCAACUUCAUGCAGCUGGUGGAACUGGACAUCUCCCGUAACGACAUUCCAGAAAUUCCUGAAAGCAUCAAAUUCUGCAAAUCCUUGGAAAUCGCAGACUUCAGUGGGAAUCCUCUCUCCAGGCUUCCAGAGGGCUUCACACAGCUUCGGAGCCUGGGCCAUUUGGCCUUGAAUGACGUGUCCCUGCAGAGCCUCCCCAACGACAUUGGGAAUUUGGCAAACCUGGUGACUUUGGAGCUACGUGAGAACCUGCUAAAGACUCUCCCCACUUCACUCUCCUUCCUUGUCAAGUUAGAACAGUUGGAUCUUGGUGGCAAUGACCUGGAAGUACUGCCGGAUACUCUGGGAGCGCUACCAAACCUGCGUGAGCUUUGGUUAGACCGGAACCAGCUCUCAUCCCUGCCUCCAGAGCUGGGCAAUCUCCGCCGUUUGGUCUGCCUGGAUGUGUCGGAGAACAAGCUGGAGCAGUUGCCCAACGAGGUCAGUGGGCUGGUAGCACUGACGGACUUGCUCCUGUCGCAGAACCUGUUGGAAUGCAUUCCGGAUGGGAUUGGUCAGCUGAAGCAGCUCUCCAUCCUCAAGGUGGACCAGAAUCGGCUGACAGAGGUGACAGAGUCAAUUGGGGACUGCGAAAAUCUGUCAGAACUCAUCUUGACAGAGAACAUGCUGACAGCCUUACCAAAGUCCCUUGGCAAGCUGGCCAAGCUGACGAACCUGAACGUGGAUCGGAACCGGCUGACAUCCCUCCCGGCUGAGAUUGGAGGCUGUGCCAAUCUGAACGUGCUGUCCUUGCGAGACAAUCGCCUGGCCCUCCUGCCACCAGAGCUUGCCAACACCACUGAGCUUCACGUCCUGGACGUGGCCGGGAACAGACUGCAGAACUUGCCGUUUGCUUUGACAAACCUUAACCUGAAAGCCCUGUGGCUGGCAGAGAAUCAGUCCCAGCCUAUGCUGAAAUUCCAAACGGAAGAUGAUGAAAAGACAGGAGAGAAGGUUCUCACUUGUUACCUGCUUCCCCAGCAGCCCUCUCCUAGCCUAGAGAAUCUUUUGCAGAACAGUGUGGAUGAGAGCUGGACGGACACCAAUUUAAAUAGAGUCAGUGUGAUUCAGUUCCUGGAUGAACCCAAAGUAGAUGAUGAAGAGGAGUCUGGAGCUGAGAGACGGGGCUUGCAGCGCAGAGCGACCCCGCACCCCAGCGAGCUGAAGGUUAUGAAGAAAGUGAUUGAAGUUCGGCGCAGCGAGGGUUACGCCGCAAAGGCUGACGCGGACCUGCAUUCUCCGAACUCAGAAGAGAAGAGGCUGAGCGCCACGUCGAAUCGCAGCGAGGAUUCCCGCCUUUCCAACAGCACCGCCUCUGCUGACUGCAGAGGAGAGGAGCAGGGAGAGCAGGGAGACAGGAGGUGGCCGAACGGGCAGGUGCCUGAGAUGCAGGAGCUGGAGAAGGAGGCAAAGCCCCGAGCGGAAGAGGAGCGUAAGGAAGCUGCUGACCAGGAGGAGGAAGAUGUGGAAUACAAUGAGGUAGGAGCCGAGGAGCUGCAGCAGUAUCAUGAUAAAAAGUGGAAGGACUGGAAAGUUUUGGAGAAAAUGCCCACUGUACACUUUGCUGAGGACACACUAAUACGGAGUGAGGAUGAGGAUGAAGAUGAAGAGAGACCAUUCCCAGUGGAGAAGCAGAGGCUUAUCCGCAAGGACACGCCCCAUUAUAAGAAACAUUUUAAGAUAACUAAACUGCCCAAGCCAGAGGCAGUGGUGGCACUCCUCCAGGGGCUGAACAGUGAUGGAGUCCCCAAAGAGGAAGAGGAGUUGGGAGGCUGCAAUAACAACACGGAGCCUGAUGAUCACGAGGAAGCGUGGGAUGAGGAUGACAGAAAGAAUGGAGCUUUAUCUGCUCAGCCAUCAGUGAAGGGGGUGUCGUUUGAUCAAGCCAAUAAUCUGCUGAUUGAACCUGCUCGCAUUGAGGAGGAAGAGCUGACGCUGACUAUCGUGCGGCAGACGGGGGGGCUGGGCAUCAGCAUCGCGGGGGGCAAGGGCUCCACCCCCUAUAAGGGAGAUGACGAGGGCAUCUUUAUUUCCCGCGUGUCGGAAGAGGGUCCUGCAGCUCGUGCUGGGGUUCGUGUCGGGGACAAGCUUCUGGAGGUAAACGGCGUGUCCCUGCACUGCGCUGAGCAUCACGUGGCGGUGGAAGCGCUGCGUGGGUCGGGAAGCUCCGUGUCCAUGACAGUUCUGCGGGAGCGGAUGGUGGAGCCAGAGAAUGCCAUCACAGUCACGCCGCUGCGCCCUGAGGAUGACUACAGCCCUCGGGAGAGGCGAGGUGGGCUGCGCUUCCCGGAGCGGCCCGAGGGGACACCUCCCACGGAGAGAUAUUCCACCUGCCUCGUGCGCAACGAGAAGGGUCUGGGCUUCAGCAUCGCUGGUGGCAAAGGCUCCACGCCCUACCGGGCCGGCGACACGGGGAUCUUCAUCUCACGGAUCGCAGAGGGUGGUGCGGCCCAUCGGGACGGGAUCCUGCACGUAGGAGACCGGGUCAUCUCGAUCAAUGGGGUAGACAUGACAGAAGCCAGGCAUGAUCAGGCAGUAGCGCUGCUUACCGCAUCCUCCCCCACCAUCGUGCUGCUGGUAGAGAGAGAGGGUGCAGAGCAGCUCAGCGAGGGAGACUCGCCAGGCGUGCCACGAGUGCGCAUGCACUCCCCACCACCACCCCCCAGCCAUGGGGAGAGCCCACCAGAGGAGACGCCUUUGCUGCAAAGGAACCAUCUGUCUAAAGGCCUGGAGGAUCAGUAUCCCAUUGAGGUCAUUCCCCGUGGACUGGCAUCUCGCAGUGGGCUCCGUGUAGGGGACAGGAUCCUGGAAGUAAAUAGUAUUGACCUGCGCCAUGCUACCCACCAGGAGGCAGUGAAUGCCCUGCUCUCCAACACCCAGGAGCUGACGAUGUUAGUAAGGCGAGAUCCACCACCACCUGGUAUGCAGGAAAUAUGCAUUGAGAAGGCUCCAGGAGAAAAGCUGGGCAUCAGCAUCCGAGGUGGAGCAAAAGGUCAUGCUGGAAAUCCAUUUGAUCCCACUGAUGAAGGCAUCUUCAUCUCUAAGGUGAGCUCCUCGGGGGCUGCGGCCCGGGAUGGCCGUCUGAAGGUGGGAAUGCGGAUCCUGGAGGUGAAUCAUCAGAGUUUGCUGGGAAUGACACACACAGAGGCCGUACAGAUACUCCGGAGUGUGGGUGACGCGCUCCUAGUGCUGGUGUGCGAUGGCUUUGAUCCCAAGGCUGCAGCUGCCAUCGAGAUGUCCCCAGGAAUCAUUGCAAACCCUUUUGCUGCUGGUAUUGGACGCAAGAAUAGCCUGGAAAGUAUCUCUUCUAUUGAUCGGGAUUUAAGCCCUGAAGAACUGGAGAUCCUACAGAAGGAGAUGGAAAUGGUGAAAGAAGCAACUCAGUGGGAGAGAGAAGAAGUGGAGAAAGUGAACGCCACCAGUGAACCUCUGAGACUGGACUACCGGACCCUGGCUGCUUUGCCCAGCAGUGGCUUACAGAGAAUCAACCGCACCGCUCCUGCCGGCGAGUCUGGGACAGGAAAUUCCAGGCGUGAAACCCCCUAUUCUCCUGGUAACCAGCAGGCUUCCAUUAACUUCAUUACAUCGCAGGACGACAGUAAAUCACAAAAGCCACCUUCACCACCGUCUCCUGACGAGAUCCCCUUCAAUGUCAAGCAAGCGUACAAGACCUUUGCAGCAGUGCCCUUGUCACACCCUCUGCUCGAGACACAGGAAUUGCCGGGUCAGACCAGCACAGAGAAUCCCAAAACUGCCCCGGAGGUGGCCGCCCACAGCCCCGCAGGACUGCACAGCCCCGAGCAGAGAUCCUUCCGCGAGAGGCAGAAGUACUUUGAAAUCGAGGUGAAGCAGCAGCAGAUGGAUAAGCCUCCCAAGCGUGUCUCCUUGGUAGGAGAGGAUGACCUGAAGAAAAUGAAAGAGGAGGAAGCUCGAAAACUGCAGCAGAAACGCAGCCUUUUGCUGGAGGAAGAGGCAGAAGAGGACGAGAUGGUGAAGCAGGUGCAUGAGAGGAGCACGCAGUCCAGCGUCAUCAUCGAAGGAGUUGAGUACAAGAUUGAGAGACUAAAUGGAAGGAGCGUCCAGGCUCCAGCAACGCGGCCCUCGGAGGUCAGUGAGAACAGCAGCUCACAGAGAAACUCCCUGGAAGAGGGAAUCAAGCCCGAACAGAGAACCAGCUCCAUGUCUGGGUUGAGUCCAUUAUAUCUUGGAGCAGGGGAUCCAGUGGCACCUGUGCGGACAGCCAAAGCUGAACGGCGGCACCAGGAGCGAUUGCGCAUGCAGAGUCCUGAGCUUCUGAGUAGUCAAGAGAAGGAGCUUUCUCCAGCAGAACGUCGUGCUCUGGAGGCAGAGAAACGAGCCAUGUGGAGGGCAGCACGGAUGAAAUCGCUCGAACAGGAUGCUCUUAAAGCCCAAAUGGUUAUUGCCAAGUCCAAGGAGGGGAAGAAGCGCAGCACGCUGGAGCAGCUGGCGGAGUCACCUUCACCUGCUCCUACCCCGUCGCCAACGCCACUGGAAGAUUGCAGUCCCAGAAACGUCACCUCACCGGGAAGGCUGUCACCUGAUGCAGCUGAUGACCUCAGAUACGUAGAUGACCGAAACAACUCAG